UCCUUCGUGAUUCGAAUAGCUUACAUACUGAAGAUUUAAAUAUAAAGGAAAGACUCAGUUGUAACACAAACAAAGUAUUAGCAACCAAGAAGACAAAGAGCUCAGCAUUUAGUGUCUAUGGUGUUGUAUGUUUCAUUCACUUUAGUUUAAUGUGUAGGCUUUUCUUUUUGCACAAGUCUCAUUUUCAUAUCACAUAGUCUACUGCAUCCUCAGCUAAGGAGCUAUCUGCUGUUACAGUGUCAGAGGGAGAAGAACAGAUAGACAAACAGGGAGGGAAUACCAGCAUGGCAUCUGCUGGGAUGCAGAUCCUCGCUUUCAUCUCUGCACUGCUUGGUGUCUUCGGUGCCACUGUUGCUACUUUGUUGCCCAACUGGAAGGUCAGUGCAGAUGUGGGCUCCAACAUUAUCACUGCCAUCUCACAGACACAAGGACUAUGGAUGAACUGCACUUGGUACAGCACAGGGAUGUUCAGCUGCACAAUGAAACAUUCGGUCUUGGUGCUGCCUGCCUACCUGCAAACGGCUCGUACUACUAUGGUGCUGUCCUGCGUCCUGGCUGUGCUGGGAAUCUGUCUCUGCUCCUUUGGUCUAAAAUGCACACGCUGGGGAGGAGGAAGACAGGCAAAAAGACACACUGCGCUCGCUGGAGGAGUCUGCUUCAUCCUGGCUGGAAUCCUCUGCCUCAUUCCGGCUGCUUGGUUCACCAAUGAAGUCAUUUCUAGCUUUCUGGCUUCCUCUGUGCCAGAAAGUAACAAAUAUGAGCCAGGAGGAGCUGUGUAUGUUGCGUUUGUGUCAGCAGGUUUUCUGCUUGUUGGGGGGUUGAUCUUUUGCAUAUCCUGUACUAGGAAGCAGCAGGGACCACAGUUCUAUCCUCGAAGCAAACAGCAGCAGCAGUGCUGCAAAGCCUCUCAACCUACAGACAAUAAGACGGGCUAUAGCCUACAGGACUAUGUGUAAUUCAUAAGUACAGACAAGCUGGUGUUAUUUUUCUGCCUGCGCUGCACUGAGAUGAGAAAAAAAAGCUGUGGGGAUGAAAUGGACAAUUCACUGCACCAAAGCUUUGCUGAAUGAAGAAUCGUUAGUAAAGAGUUUAAAAUGCUUAGCAAAUCUCUAUUUUCAGUAAUUCUGGGAUUGUGUCCAUAAAAACAAAUGUGUAGAUCAAGAGGGGGUGGCUGGGGGUGGUUUUUGUAAGAACAACAUUUAUGAAAAGCUGGCUGUUAAUAGAAAGAAUAUACAAUUUUUUUUUCUGCCUUCUAAAAUAGUUUUCACAAUUCACAAGAACUUAAAAAGCUUUUCAGUUUAAAAUAAUUUCUCAUAGUUAAUAAGUAUUCAUAAAUUUGACAAACAGCUACAUAAUUUUUUUUAACAAAAUGUGUAAAUAUACUUUUCAUGUUUCUAAAAAGAAUAUAUAAUUUUUUAAGUUUAUUAGCUAAUACUACAAAUUCUUCCAGAAUUUCACAUUGUACAAGUGUAUAUUCAUUCAUAUUGUACAAAUGAUGCCUUACCGCAGAAAUGACUGGACUUGUUUUUCACAGCAUUGCAUUUUAAGCAGCCAAACAAGAACAUCAGACCCUCAAACAGAAUAAUAAGCUUUGUAAUUAUGUUCCUCUUUUCUCAUUACCCCAACAAAAACAAAGCUCCGUAACAUGCUUUGUGUUGCUCAUUUAUCCCCCACACAGAGCCGCGUGCGCUUUUCACCAAAAGCUUUCUACUGCCAUGGUUACAGCAAGCCUUUUUCCAAACAUCUACACUGUCUAAGUGCAUAUCAGUUUCAGCGGAGCCAUGGGUCUCUUCAAAAUCUCCUCAAAGUAACUGGCAACAUCUGCCACUUUUCUACAAAACGGACAAGAAUACAAGUGUGAGAAAAAGCAUAUAUGCUUAUCUCCCUGCUUUUUUUU